GCUUAAAUCACCAAACUGAAAGUUAUUAAAAAAUAUAUAUAUAACUCCUGACUUCAAACUAAGGAGGUCCGUGUUUUGGAAAUCCCCCGCUGUCGUUACAGAGCAACCUCACCCAGCAGCCCGGCUGAAUCCGGAUAGCUGCAACUGAACCGGAAAGUGCAGCCGUGGGUACGCUGGGACUUUCCUCUGCAGCUGGCCAGUUCCGUAUGAACUUGCCCGGAGUCAUGACGCAGCUGUGCGCUGCGGCUCCAGCCCCGCUGCUCUGUGCCCUCGCCCUGCUCUUCCAAACGUCUCUCUCGGCGGACCAUGUACCGAUGCUGCUUUGGUCAACUCAGAGAUCACAGUGGAAUCCAGACACUGCUUUGCACGAAGGACACGUUGUCUCAGCACAGGAGCUGACCGUACUCUUGCAACCUGUUUUUACCCAGAAUUCCAGAAACCUCAUCUUGUUCCUGCAAGAUACACUUAGCGUAGAUGAUUUCACAUACCUCAGCGAAUCCUACGGUAACAAGAAUCCAUUUCAAAAUGUUCAGGAAAUUCUUCAGUCUUCUCCUUCAUCUUUAGUUUUGCCAGCUGUUGACUGCAAAGCUACCAGGGAUCUUCUGAGCUUCCUUCAGGCAUCAGAAGAUUGGAAGUUAACAAACGUAACUGAUCUCGAUGUCUCUCAUCUGGAAGUGAAUACAUCUAAACCAAACUUAGUGGUGGUUCAGCUACGACCACUUGUCAGUGGUUUAAAUGAGAUUUCCACCCUGGAAGCAAUUGCUGAAAAUGACAAAAUAAUUGGAAGACUGACCAUGGAUCUGCAGGAACGAGGGAUUCAUUUUUCAGUAAUUUAUACUGCAGUGAGACCUUCAAGGAUUUCAAGAAGAACAGAUGUGGUGUGGGAAUUAAGGCGGCAAUUAAUGGCCACUGAGGAAGAAGACAAUUUAUCAUAUCCUCCUCUGAAUGUGACCACUGGAAAUGGAACAUGCAUCCUUUUUUAUGCUAGUAAUUUCAGCCUCAACGCCAACAGUUCAGUUCUUAUAGAUUUGACAAAUGCAACAUUUGUAACCCAAACUGUGGAUACUUCUUCCUCUACGUGCUCAGACUUCAACAGAACACUGUCAUUAAAAUACACAGAGCCAGUGAAUAAAAUCAGCAGCCUAGAGAUAAGGUUUUUAAUGACCAACAAGUUCUAUGGAGGCUCGGCUAGAAAUUGGUUCACUUUAGAUUCAGUUGAGAUCAUACAAGAUGGAGAAAAGUUUGCUAAAUUUAACGUUUCUGUCAUCUCUGCUCCUGCAGAGUAUUCAUUUCAUUGUCAGCUGGUGGGAACAAGCAAUCUCUAUCCUGCAAGGCUGAUUCCGUCCAACAAUGAGGCAAAAAACUGGGAUGUUUUCAUUUCCAGGUUGCAAAUUCAAGGCUUCAACAUUGAAAACAACCAGUUUUCCUAUGCAAGUGACUGUACAGGCUUCUUCUCUCCUGGAAUCUGGAUGGGCUUGGUGACAUCUAUAAUUUUACUGUGGAUCCUGACCUAUGGAAUCCAUAUGAUCAUGCAGCUCACAACAAACAGCAGAUUUGAUGAUCCCAAAGGUCCAGCUCUGUCAGUUCCUCAGACAGAAUAGCCAUGGACUGAUUUAAUGCUGCUCCAGCUUUUCCUCUUCUGAUAUUUAUGAUUUUUACAACCUUUUACUUCACAAUAUGUGUAACCUGAAAAGAUAUCAUAGCAGAAAGGGGUAAUUAAACUGCAUAUAAAAAGGAUACCUAUGCCUGGCAACAAUAAUAAUUCUGCUUGUUAUUGCCAUCAUUUGUUAAUAGCUCUCUCCGUUAAGGAUCUGACGUGAGGCUGUAGAGGUUAUUACUCUAUCUGGCUAUUAGAAAGACCAGUACAAACUGCCUUCAGAUUAACUAUUAUUGGCAAAAAAGGGAUAUCGCAACAGACAUAAAUGGGAAGGAUGAAUAACUUCUUUGAUAAGAAACUAUAUAUUGAAAAUACUGGUCUCUCUAACAGCUCUUUAGUAAGUAUAUCAUGUUGACGCUACAUCUUAAGAAGGCUGAACUGCGUCUUGGCAUUUUUUCUCUUGAGAAAACCACCCAGAAAAGUACAGAACUAACAAAGUAUAAGUCACUAAAUAAAUGGUCUUGAAAAGUCUUUUCAAAAUACAUCACUUUGUUCAGAUGUGGUAUCACAAAUGAGAAUGGAUGGAUUAAGGUUUACCUUCCCUUGAAUGUCAGUUUAUGCCUGUGAGAAUAAUGUUAAGUAACACUAACUCCUAUGUUUGUUUUAGCCAUGGACAGCUGAUGGAGUUACUAAGCAAGAUAGUUCCUUGUCCAAACUGAUCACAAAAUUGUAUUUGGUGUCAUGGCAAUGAAUGCAACUUUUCAAGGUCAUAACCUAAAAUCCUUAACAGCACCUUAACAGAGAUAAGGUAAUUUUCUUAGCACCCCUCCUUUUCCAGGUAUCUUUGGAAUAGUUAUGAAGUUUGUACAAAAAAGGAACAUAUGAAGUCAUUAGAAGCACUGCGAUAGUGUACUGUUUAAGUCUGAGCAUGUUUAUUGUCAUCUCGAUUUCAGAAGCCUGAAAACAUUCAGAGUGUGCUGGAUUCUUUUGCGAUUAAUGAAAGAUGCUACAUCUUCUCAUUGGGCAAUCUCACUAUGGAAUGAUUUACUAUAUCUUAUGAAAAGCUAGGAAAUAGUAAAAGAGCAAUAAUAAAUUGGUAAAAAAAUGGUACAAAUAA